GCCUUCCGACAGUUCGUGGUUCGAUUGCGCAAUCUAACUCAUGAAUCGCGACAGAUUGUGCAGUGUCUAUCCUAGUCUGUCCUAGUCAGUGUACCGUGGUCGAACGAUCAGGUGCAGUUGUGCGCAGUUAGCAGUCGACUUCAGACAACUUCAGAUCGGUUUCGUGAGUUCUUAUAUUUUUGUAACGUGAUUAAAAAAGAAAACAGCAAUUUAGGAAGAUGCCUCGACGUGGACGUGCCGCCCCUCCUCCUCCAAGAACCGUCAGACCUGCGCCAGUGACCACGUCCCGGGUGCCAGCCCAUGCCCCGCCGGCGUCGCCUAUGGUGGCUCCCCAGGCCCCUCAGCAGCCGUCUCUCAUGGGACAGAUGGCUGCUACUGCUGGCGGAGUUGCCAUCGGAUCCGCCGUGGGACACACCAUCGGCCAUGCUAUGACCGGACUCUUUAGCGGGAGCGGCGAGGCUGCUCCCGAUACUGCGGUGGCUCCACAAGUUAGCGCCCAAGGCACCUCUGCAGCACCAGCUGCCGGCGCCUGUUCUUGGGAGCUUAAGCAGUUCCUGGAAUGCGCCAACAACCAGUCUGACCUGAGCCUUUGCCAGGGCUUCAACGAGGCACUCCGUCAAUGCAAGAUGGCCAACAAUAUUAUGUAAAUUGAGAUAUGGGGUGCAAUCUAGAAAUGUCUAGGAGAAAUUGAAGUACUCUAUGAUUCUGUAGACCUCUUAAUAAAAAUUUCUGAUUAUUUUUACUGUUGUUACACUAUUCAUAUUGUAAGAUAAAAUAAUACUGGAUCAAUCCAUGUUUUAGGAUACAGUUUUAGGGGACAGCAAUAAAUUAUGUUUGUUUAAA